GCUUCCUUCCUUUCUCUCUCCCCCCCCCCAUUCUCCUCUUCCUACCGCCGUGCCAUAGAGUCGGGCCGCCCGCUGUCACAGAGCGGCCCGGAGGGAGGCUAGAAGGGCCGUGCGGGGCUAUGGCGGCGGCCAGGCUCUGCUCCCUGCCCGGGCGGGCUCUGUGCCGGCACGUUUUGGGGUCGGUGAGGCUGCAGCGGGGCUACCGCGGGGACUCCCCGACGGACUCGGGGAAGGACGUGCUGGAGAUCCCCUUGCCCCCCUGGCAGGAGCGUCCUGAUGAGCCGCUGGAGACCAAGAGAGCCCGGCUGCUGUAUGAGAGCCGGAAGAGGGGGAUGCUGGAGAACUGCAUCCUGCUCAGCCUCUUUGCGAAGGAGAACCUGAACCGCAUGAGCGAGCAGCAGCUGAACCUCUACGACCGGCUCAUCAACGAGCCCAGCAACGACUGGGACAUUUACUACUGGGCCACAGAAGCGAAGCCCGCACCGGCCGAGUUCGAGAACGACGUGAUGGCCAUGCUGAGGGAGUUUGCCAAGAACAAGAAGAGGGAGCAGAGGCUGCGGCAGCCGGACCUGGAGUACCUCUUUGAGUCACCCCGCUGACGAGGAGGCCGCCUUCUCCCUUCCCAUACCCUGGAGCAGAGGAGGGACACGGGGCCCUGUGGAAACACUGGUGCUGCUGCCCUCCCUGUGGCUCUCCUCCUCCUCCUCCGGCAGCAGCUCCCUCGGACUCUCAGGGCACGAUGAAUAAAGCCGUGGCUGCUA